AUGAAAAACUACAAGGUUUGAAAAAAAUUUCAAAAAAAGAAAAGAAUUUUUUUAGAUUUUUUUAAUUGUCUACACGUUUUUCCUGGCUUGUUUCUUCUUCCAAGUAAGAUUUUAUGAUUUAAAGAAAUCUGAAUUUUUUUUUAAAUUGGGAAAAAUCUUUCUGGAAAAAAUUUUAGUGGCCACUUAAGAGGUUCUUCAAGGGCUACUUUAAGUGGCAAUUAAAAGAUCAGAACCCUAAAGUGGCCACUAACCUCAAAACAUUAAAGUGAUCACUUAAGAGGUUCUUCAAGGACUACUUGAAGUGAAAAUUGAAAGAUCAAAACCCUAAAGUGGCCACUAACCUCAAAACAUUAAAGUGAUCACUUAAGAGGUUCUUCAAGGACUACUUGAAGUGAAAAUUGAAAGAUCAAAACCCUAAAGUGGCCACUAACCUCAAAACAUUAAAGUGAUCACUUAAGAGGUUCUUCAAGGACUACUUGAAGUGAAAAUUGAAAGAUCAAAACCCUAAAGUGGCCACUAACCUCAAAACAUUAAAGUGAUCACUUAAGAGGUUCUUCAAGGACUACUUGAAGUGAAAAUUGAAAGAUCAAAACCCUAAAGUGGCCACUAACCUCAAAACAUUAAAGUGAUCACUUAAGAGGUUCUUCAAGGACUACUUGAAGUGAAAAUUGAAAGAUCAAAACCCUAAAGUGGCCACUAACCUCAAAACAUUAAAGUGAUCACUUAAGAGGUUCUUCAAGGACUACUUGAAGUGAAAAUUGAAAGAUCAAAACCCUAAAGUGGCCACUAACCUCAAAACAUUAAAGUGAUCACUUAAGAGGUUCCUCAAGGGCUACUUGGAGUGGCAAUUAAAAUAUCAAACCCCUAAAGUGGCCACUAAACCUUAAAAAAUUAAAGUGAUCAUUUAAGAGGUUCCUCAAGGGCUUUUUAAAGAGGGAAUGAAAAGAUCAGUACCCUAAAGCGGCCACUAACCUCAAAACAUUAAAGUGAUCACUUAAGAGGUUCUUCAAGAGCUACUUGAAGGGGAAAUUAAAAGUUCAAACCCGUUAAGAGGACACUAAACAUUUUCCCAGUGAAAUUUUUUUUUUUCAAAACUCGUGGUCGCACUGGGAAUGGCUCAAAGCGUUGCGGUGGUCCGUAGAAAAUUGCUCUAAUUCUUCUAAGGCAAUAAAUGGAAACGCGCGAAAGAAGUAUUUGGUCGGUUGCGGCCGACACGAGUCAAGCCAAUCCGAGUUAGACCACAUUUGAAUUGAGAAAAUUAAACUUUCUUGGAAAAACUUAAGUGACCCCUUAAGAGGUUCCUCGAGGACUACUUGAAGAGGACACUAAAACGUCAAGACCCUUAAGUGGCCACUAAACCUCAAAGCACUAAGGUGGCCACUUAAGAGGUUCUUUAAGGACGCCCUGGAGAGGACACUAAAACGCCAAAACCCUAAAGUGGUCCCUCGAGAGAUUCCUCUUGGAAAGAACUUUGAAACGUCAAAAUCCUAAAGUGGUCCCUAAAAAUUUCCCAGGUAAUGUUUUCUUCAAAAGCCCUGGUCGCACUCGGAAUGGCUCAAAGCGUCGCUUUUGUCCGCAACAUAAUCUUGAUUCUUCCGACAGGAUAAAGGAAAACGAGCGAAAGUCGUUUUUGGUCGGUUGCAGGGGUCAAGCCAUUCUAAGUGCGACCGUGAAGGCUUCCGAAUCAUAUUGGGUGUAACUUCGAAACACUAACUUCGAAAAUAAAAAAUGUAUCAUAUUCGCAACAAUCUUCUUCUUCCUACGCCUUUGUACCGCUUGAACGGCGCCCCAAGUCGAUUAGCCGAGGUCCUAUCCUGAUAAUCAGUGAACUGGCUCCAGUGACAUAUCCGUCCUUGUGUGUGACGGCUGAGGAUUAUGAAGCCGUGGUUUCCCACUACCAACAUUUCUUAAACCCCUUGGUUGGGUCGAGGCGGGGGUCGAACUCGUGACCCUGUGGACCGUAGGCAGGCACUCAAUCUGUUGCGCUACGGCGCGCCCCCAUAUUCGCAACAAAAAAUAUACUUAUUCAAGACAUUUUUCGAUUCUGCAUGUUCUCAAAUUUUUAAUCAACCUAAGUCAUUUCACUUUUGGGAAUUUCUCGAAAAUUAGCCAGAACACUUCUUGAUGUACCAAAAAGUAUCCCGAAACUCUGCACUUGCACAAUUUCCGUUUUUUUUUCUGAGAAAGGGGGCUUAAAACCCCAAAAUGGCCUAUUUUUACGGCUUUUGGGGUUUCUUUGACCUUGAGGUGUGCUUUCCCAAAAAGUAGAAAGUCAUGCAGGUUUUGACUUGCAGGAUCUUUUUUCUGGUUCAUCAAGGAGUUUUGUGACCUAUUUUAAAGAUUUUGCAAUCGCAAAGUAAAUGACCUCCCUUGUCAGAAACAAAAACUAAAAAUGGUAUUAUUUCCAGAUUUUCGAUUUUAGCGGUUUACUACUUCUUUUCGCUGUCUACGGCUUCCUGAGUUAUGCAAGUUUUGAUUUUUUUUUUUUUAAUUUUGGAGUGUAGGACAAAAGCGCCGAUUCCAAGAGCGCCGUUCAAAUUGAGCGCCAGUCCGCAAUGCGCCGUCGCGUGUAUGCGCCGUGUAUGCAGACGCCGCUUUCUUUUGCGCCGAGUCCGUUUGCGCCAAAUCGUUUUGCGCCGUUAUUUCAAACUUUUAUUUUUUCGCUCUUUUUCUAUCAUUGUUCAUUGAUUGUGUAGUACACACUCAUAUACAACUCGAAUAACUUUCGCGCCAUCUGUUAAUAUGGACUUUUCUGCCGCACUUUCGAAAAAAUCGAACUAUUGUUUCAAGAAAAUGAGUUUAACGUUACGAAAAACGAUUUUCUGCUGUUUCACGUCUGCUAGAUUUGGAACUUUGCCUUACCUAACGCAGAAAAUUUGCGACCCCAAAAAAAAAUGACUCAUUAUGUCGUUUAAAGCAAUAAUUUUUUUUAUCCAUCCUAUCGUUUUCUGUAUUUUUCGAUAUCAGGGGAUCAUAUUUGCUUUUUUAUUCGUACUUUGAAAAGGAAAAAGGGGGAAAAAUAUUUUACCUGGACCAAAGUAGACCUAAAACUCAUCAUUAACGGAUGGCGCGAAAAUCAUUCGAGUCGUAUAUGAAUGUGUAGUAAACAAUUAUCAAAAAAUAAUAUAAAAAGAGCGAAAAAAUAGAAGUUUGAAAUAACUGCGCAAAACGAUUUGGCGCAAAAGAAAGCGGCGUCUGCAUACACGGCGCAUACACACGACGGCACAUUGCGGACUGGCGCUUAAUUCGAACGGCGCUCUUGGAAUCGGCGCUUUUGUCCUAUACUCAAAUUUUGAAGGUCUCUUUUGUGACAACUUUUCAAAAAACUUCGAAAAAAAAUGAUCCAAAUUUCCAGCUGAACCCCACAAUCGAAAAUACAGUUCCAUUGAUCGCGAUUUUCUCGGCUUUUCUCACUUUCCCAACGGGGCCUCACGGGCUUUUCAUGGUAAAUCUAUCAAAAAAUCGAUAAUUUCUAGUGAAUUCCAGGACAAUGGGAAAACUCUUCUGACUUAUUAUAUUCGUCUAUAUUGUAUAUUCAUCUUCAGCCUCGUUUGGAUGCUGUAAAUUCGGAAAAAACCUUUGGAAAAUUGGAAAAUUUUCAGAUUUUGCCUCAUGGUCGAAGAAGGUUUUUUCAAUUGGAUGAUGGGAUGGAUCUGGUUUUUCGUGGUUUUAUUCCAUAUUUGGGGCAUUUUCGUCACCCAUCGAGCUUAUGAUUUCAUUGAGAAUCGAUACAAGUUUGCCUUGAAAAAUUGAAAAUCACGAGGGAGGUCCUUUUACCGUACCGGGGGAGGGGGCCUGGAAUUCACGAGGGAGGUCCUUUUACUGAAAAUUGGCCAGAAAACUCUUUGAUGUACAAGAAAAAAAUCCUGAAAAUCAAAACCCCUGUGGGGACCUAUUUUGCAAGCUUUAGUGACCCCUAUAGAGGCAAGUAAAGUGUUCUAUAGAGAGGAACCUUCAAGGAACUUUGAGGUUGCCCCUAUAGGGACCCCUCUGGAGUUCUUUUGAGCUCUUGUUCCUCGAAAACUAGGAAGUUUUGAUGAUUGAAACCUUCUCGUAAGUCUUUCCCGGUCUCAUUUGGUACAAUAUGAAAAAAAAUAUAUGGCAAAUCAAAAAGCAAAACAAAUUGACGUAUUAUAACAGUUUUGAAGCGUAUCAGACCUAACACGGGAAGUGCGAAAGGUCGAGGUAUUGGAAUUUAAUGAAACUUGGUAUAUAGGUACUACCGAACACCCUGAAUCCAAAAAAGUUGAAAAAAAGUGCGCCUUUUUGGUUUUAGUCGAGUGAGGGCGCCUCAAAGUUUGCACGCAAAAAAUGCAUUGGAAGGGAGGAGGGAAUGUGUUGCGGCGGCUAACUCUAGCUGCCAGCAGGCGGCGUGGUGUAGUGGCUAGAGGCCUUGCGCUGUGAAACCUAUGAUGCAGGUUCGGUCCCAUUUUGGUGAAAAUGUUUUUUGCCAAUUGUAAGUUAUGGAUUAAAACUCAAAAAAGCUUGGUUUUUGGUCUCCUAUAGAAUUUUCAGUUAGUGGUCCCUAUAGGGGAGAUGCAAGUCAACUAUUAUUGGAGGAAAAUCAUUUAAAGGCCGAAAAACCACAGUGGAACUGAUCAUGUCUUUUGAAUUUUCAAAUCUGAAAAAAAAAUAUUAAGACCCUAUAGGGACCACCUCAAUUUUAGCCCUCAAGGGAGCACUAUAUAUUUCCCUAUAGCUGCUGCUCUUUCCAACCCCUUUAGAGGCCACUUGAGCGUCGCUAAGGAGGCAAAAGCUCAAAGGCUUAUGGCCCGAAAAUUCCUGACUUAUCUUUAAAAAUCUCUCAUUUUUGCGUUUUUUUAAUUGCACCCCUAGAGGGACCACUCUGGCGUUCCAAGGAAGGCCUUUUUUCCAUUUUGCUCGAGAGCUUAUGACCCGAAAAUGCUUGAUUCUGCUUAUUUUUCGAUUUUACCCCUCUAGGGACCACUCUGGCGUUCCUAAACAAGUUACCACUUGACCAUGUGAACACCUUAUUUUUUUAAAAUCAACAUUAGACCUUUCAAUAUUUUUUCCCUUAAUUUUUCACCAUUUUGAGGCCCCUGACCCCUCUAGGGAUCACUCUGGCAUCCCCAAGGAGAAUUCUGGCCAUUUUUCGGAAAAUUCCAAACCUUGUGAAAUGAGUGAAAUGACCUCCCGUGUCAGAAAAAAAUAAUAAAAAAAUAAAAAAAUUCAGAGGCUACGAUGACGUUGACCCAGAGCUACGGGUCACUUUCCAAAAAAAUUGCUGCAAGAAAAAUUUGGAAGAAUUAGAAGAAGCUGAGGUACAUUUCAAGUGCAUUAUUAUCUUUAUAAACUUUUUUUAAAAAUUUCAGAAAAAUCGAAGAGAAAAAAAGAUAAAGAGAAGGAAAAAACGCGAAAAAAAGUCAGCAAGGAUUCGUCGAAUUUACCGAAAGAUUCGAAAACUUCAAAGUGAUUUUCAUAUAAAUUUAUUUGUUUAUAUGAGUUUAUAUGAAUUUUCUAGUUAAAGUGUGAAUUUCGCAGUACAAAAAAACGUUUAAAAAAAGUCCCGCCUUUGUCCCGAAAAAUCGCCCGAAAGCCAAAAAAAUAACCUGGAACAGUGAGAAGCCGUUUUUUUCCUGGGAAAAAUCGCUUGAAAUUCAAAUUUUUUUCAAAAAAAUUUUUUUUGUUUCACUUGAUAAAUUCUCCAUUUUAAAAAGUCUUAAAAUCCUUAGAAAUUCCCGCUUUUUUUCCCGAAAAACUUCCCGAAAAUCUUUAGAACAUGUCGAAGGCCGAAAAAUUCUCGAAAAAAAUGAACCGAAAUUCUCGUUUUUUUCCUGGAAAAAAAUCGCCUGAAAUUCCAUUUUUUUGUUCCUAAAUCAUUUUUUUCAUGUGACAAGUAUUCCAUUUGGACGAAUUUGACGAUGAAAAAAAUUCAAUUUUUUUAAAAAAAUUUUUUUGUUUUAUUUGAUAAAUUUCCCACUUUUAAGGGCUAAAAAAACCUCAAAAAGUCCCGAUUUCCUCCCGGAAAUCGCCCGAAAACUUUCGCGAAAAUCUUAAGAACAUGUCGAAAGCCGAAAUUUACGAAAAAAAUGAACCGAAAUCUAAAAAAAUUCUCAAAAAGUCCCGAUUUCCUCCCAAACAUCGCCCUAAAACUGCCCGAAAGUUAACAAAAAAAUUUUUUUUUUUUAGUUUAUAACAUUUUCCAUUAUUAGGGCUUGAAAAAAAUAAUAAAAAGUCCCGAUUUUGUCCCGCCUUUCUCCCGAAAAACUUCCCUGAAAAUCUUAAGAACAUGUCGAAGGCCGAAAAUUUACGAAAAAAAUGAGCCAAAAAUCCUAGAUUUUUUUCUGGAAAAAAAUCGCCUUGAAUUCAAUUUUUUUCUUCUUCCAAAUCCUUUUCCUGUGACAAGUAUUCCAUUUGGACGAAUUUGACGGAAUAAAAAUUUUUCAAGAAAAAUGAGAAAGUUUAUUGCUAUAUCAGUUCGUUCGCGUACAAAAAAAUGAGUGAAAAAUAAUGAAAAAAAUGGGAAAAAAAUCAGCACUUUUUAAGGUAAUACUCGGGGUAAUAUAAUACUAACAGGAGAAAAAUCAAUAGUUACGAGGAUUUUAUACACGUUAAUGAAUUUAAUAUUGUUUCUUACAAGGAUGAGAUUUGAAUUGAAAAAAGAAGCUCAGGGGAAAAAAACCUAAAAAAAGAGGGAGAUGGUCGCAUUUGGAAUGGUUCAAGGCAUGGUGAGCCAUUCCAAAUGCGACCAUUCAAAUAAAGCAAUAUCCGGCCCGAAACGGAGAUUUUUGGUCAGAUUUAAGAGACAAUUGUGAGUAAAGGGAUGGAAAUUCAUGACAGUUUGAGCCAAAAAAUUGAUUUUUUCAAAAUUGUUUUGAGAUUUUUUUUUUUUCAAAUGUAAGUGUUGUCGGCAGUGAAUUGGAUAAACAUGGGUAAAUUCAAGAUUUUUCAGAAAAAGCUCAUUUUUUAGAGGUUCCACUUUCAGAAAAAAUUAAGCUCCAAAAAAAAAAAACCAACUGUGAAAAUUGAGCCUCGGCGGUGAGUUAAUGUGUGCUCUACGGAUAAUUCUCCCAGAAUUUCUGAUUUUCUCAAAAAAAAUCAAUCAAAAUAUUUUUUUAGCCGUAGAGCGCACUAGUCUUGAAUGAAAUAUAGUUCCUGGGCGCAAUUUUUCUAAGAUUUAAAAUUUCUGGGCGGUGUAGUGGUCUCUUAAGUGCACUAACGCCACUUAAGUGGUCCCUAAAUGGAGCGUAAUGAGCUAUGAAAGUUGAGCCUAGGAACAGGAACGCAUUUGGAAUGGCUCAAAGCUUUUUUCUAGCAACCGACUGGAAGCGACUUGCGCUCUUGAGUAUCUUGAACAACGCAAAAAAUGGGAUAGACCGCGACGCCCUGAGCCAUUCCAAAUGCGGCUCUCUACUGCCUGUAAAGUGCGACGGAGCGCAAUUUGCUAUGAAAAUUGAGCGGGAACGCAUUUGGAACCACUCAAAGCGUUGCAACCGACUAAAAGCGACUUACGCUCAUGGGUAUGCGCAAUGAGCCAUUCCAAAUGCGGCUUUCUACUGCCGAUAAAGUGCGACGGAGCGCAACCGACGCGUCGGCAAUGACUGCGUCGCCGCUGCGGCGACGGCCCUUGUCGUCGUCGUCGUGGUUGUCGUUUCCGACGACGCGACGACGGAUCUUCUUACGGAGGUUAUGGUAGAGCCUGCGGAGGAGGCGCGUUGCGGACGGACGGCGAUCCGUAAUACGUAUCUCUGCUUGUUCCGUCGCACCUACAACACCGACAACACUGAUCAUACUCCAUUCACUGGUAGGCUUGUGGAAAAGGGUCCUGACACGAUGGAAAGAGAGAUAGCGCCUGAUUGGUGGAGAGCGCAGACAGGCCACGCCCCCGUUCGCCACGACUUGAAACAGUCUGACCUGUCUGCGCUCUCUUCUCCCUCACCGGACAUUUCUCCGCCGCUCUCUCAUGUUUACCAGCUUAUUUCACGCCUCCGACCUCGACGGUGA